AUGGACCAGUUUUCCAGCCGCUGCUUUGAGUUAAUCCAGAGUGAGUCCAGCAGCCCCAGUGGAGAUCUGCUGGAUCUCAGGACCAGAGAGGAAUGGAGGAGGACAACCAGAACCAGGAGCAGCGGAGCACCAAGGUCCCCAGAAGAGCAGCAGCAGACUGGGACUCUGAUAGCAGCCAUGUUCAGUGAGGAUAACACAUGGGAGUCGCAAGACAACCUGGACGGUCCCGACCAUAUCGCCGAGUACAUGCAGAAACACAAGGAGAAGGAGGAGAAGAAGAAGGAGGGCAAGAGGAACGUUGUCAGUGAGGCCUCGGGAGACUCAGAGGAGCGAGGGAGCAAGAAGAAGAAGGAGAAGAUUCAUCAGAGAGUUCACACUGGAGAGAAUCUACACAGCUGUGAUCAAUGUGGGGCAGCUUUCACACUACAGAGUAACCUAAAAACACAUCAACGCAUUCACACUGGAGAGAAGCCUUACAGCUGUGAUCAAUGUGGGGGUGCUUUCACAAAACAGGGUAACCUAAAAAACCAUCAACGCAUUCACACUGGAGAGAAGCCGUACAGCUGUGAUCAGUGUGGGGCAGCUUUUACACAACAGGGUAACCUAAAAUUACAUCAACGCAUUCACACUGGAGAGAAGCCGUACAGCUGUGAACAAUGUGGAAAAGCUUUUUCUGAGAGUGGUCACCUUAAAACACACCAGCGCAUUCACACUGGAGAUAAACCUUACAGCUGUGAUUUAUGUGAGAAAACGUUCACCGCUCAAGGAGAUGUUGAAAUCCACCGACGUGUUCACACUGGAGAGAAGCCGUACUGGUGUGAUCAAUGUGGGAAAACUUUUUCUCAGAGUAGUAACCUUAAAACCCACCAGCGCAUUCACACUGGAGAGAAGCCGUACUGGUGUGAACAAUGUGGGAAAACUUUUUCUUGGAGUAGUAACCUUAAAUCUCACCAGCUGACCAGCAGUAACUUGAUCUUCUGA